GGCAUUGUUCUCUGUCGGGCUGGGCAGAAGCAGGACUGUCUCACAGAGGAUGGAGGAAACACUCACCACCGGCAUCAAGCCAUACCUGGACAAGCUCACCCUGGGAGUCACAAGGAUAUUGGAGACUUCCCCAGGAGUUGCUGAAGUGACUUUUGUGGAAAAGGAGCCUGCUGAACGCCACACAAUCGUCUCUUGGGAGCAAGGAGAGUGGUGCAGCCCUUGGACAAGUCAGUAUGCACAGAUUGUGGAACCUCCACCAUGGGACACUCUCCUGAGUUUUGAGAAAAACUCCUGUGUAUUACCUGAGGAUUUAAAGAACUUCUAUCUGAUGACCGAUGGCUUCCAGAUGACUUGGAGUGUGAAGACUGAUGAUACCCCAAUGCCCCUGGGCUCCAUGGUGAUUAACAGUGUCUCGAAGCUGUGUCGGCUUGGGGGUUCCUCUAUGUACACUCUGCCUAGUGCUCCAACUCUUGCUGACCUGGAAGAUGACACAGACGAGGAAGGUAAUGGAGACAAACCUGAGAAGCCACACUUCGAUUCUCGUAGUCUUAUCUUUGAAUUAGACCCAUGCAAUGGGAAUGGGAAAGUGUGUCUUGUUUAUAAGCAUGCUGAACCAGUGGUCUCCCCAGACACAGAGAUCUGGUUCCUGGACAGAGCUCUGUAUUGGCAUUUCCUCACCAAGACCUUCACAGCCUACUACCGCCUGCUCAUCACCCACCUGGGUCUCCCACAGUGGCAGUAUGCCUUCACCAGCUAUGGGGUCAGCCCCCAGGCCAAGCAAUGGUUUAACAUGUAUAAACCCAUAACCAUCAACACAGCACUCCUGUCUGAAGAAGCUGAUUCCUUUGUGAACAAGCUGGACCCCAAUAAAGUUUUUAAAAGCAAGAACAAAACUCCAGUGCUCAAGAAGAAACCACCUUCACAGCCACCAGGCUCCCAAAAGAGUCACACAAACAUGACCUCUGCCAAGACAUCCUCACUAGCUGGGAAUUCUUCAAGGAAGUGAGCCCACCAAAUCUGACCCUGGACAACAUUUGCAAUAAGCUUUGAUGUUUUCUGCUGCAGAGUCUCAGUGGUUCAGACCAAGUUCCUUGUGCAUGAAUAGAUGUGCCCAUGGGAAAACACAUUGCAGCACUUGCAUGAAAUAUAGCCACAAUGUGAAUGUAGUUCCUGGAGGCUCUUAGAAAAAAACAAACUUGAUACACCAAUUGCAUUCCCUUCUUCUACUUGAAGCAUGUGCUUUGCAGAAGGCAUGAAGAAACCUUUGAUGUCACUGCUCUGUAGGGAAGUUUUUGUUCCUGUACAACAAGGAAGUUGAAAUGCAGCAGUGAAAUGAAAGCAAAUGUAGUUCACUGUAACUUUAACAGACCCGUGCUGAAGUAGAGGGUGUGAAGAUUUUCUGCCAUGUCCCUUGAAAAAAAACUGUCCUGACCUUGCAUGCUGUGGGAGCAGGCUGCAAACCACUGAACACAGAAGUAUCUUUCACUCCAGAUAGAAUCAAACCCUUCACUUCCCUGCGCUUCACCCAACUUCUGCUCCGAGAUUCACAGUACAAUGGGACUUGUGACUUCCAUAUCUCUGCAUUAACCGAGCCACUUGUACAGCCCAGACCACUUUUUGGCCUUUGUGCUGUAUCUUUUCAAAUGGUGAUGUGAUUUGAAACAAUCCUGAAGCCAGAAGCUGCAAGAUCCUUUGUUGCCUCCCUUUUGUGGGAGCUGCUGAGCAGAGAGUCAAUGGUGUUUAGUCCCAUCAGCCAGGAGGACCCCUCAGUUUGUCACACAUUCAUUUGCAAAGCUGGCCAUUGAAACAGACACUUUUCAGUUGGGAGUAUCUCACCAGGGGCCACUGAGAUCCUACAGCCUUAGAAGCCCCUGAUGCUGUUUUCUCUACUGUAAAUUUUCAGGUUAGAACUGCACUUUAACCCAUUCACUGCUGGUUUUCAGUUAUUCCUGUUUGUUUCCAUUACUUUUCUAUGCUAUUCUGUCUUCCAAAUAUGCUGGAAUCAUGGUAGCACCCAACACAUUUUGUGCCUGAAUAUGGAUAUCAGAAUCACUGUCUUCAAGUAAGUAUUGAUUAUUUAAACAGCAUCAUCUCUAAUUUUUGAAACCACCAAUAAUUACAUAAGACAAACUUACCUCACAGGGAUGUUGUGAGGCUUUCAUGAGUAUUUGUAUGGCCUUCAGAAAGAUAAAGCCAUCCUGUAAGUGCUUAAUAGUAUUUUAAUAAAUAUUUGAA